GUUAGAAUUUGAGUUAGGUAGAGUGCGAGUGCACAGUGAAGGGCAAGAGGGAAUUGAAGGAAUAACAGCAGAGAGUGUGUGAAUGUGUGAAACUGCAGCUGGAGCAGGUCGCGUGUUUGUUUUAGCAUGCACGACUGGGGCCUCCUCUGAUUGGUUGGCAGAUUGGACUGGGGGCUCCUGGGGCUCCAAGCCCCCCUCUGAUUGCCUUGGUUGAGAGACGAACGCAGAAUGUAUAGUGAGAGAAAGAGAGCAGGCAUGGGCAACACAUUCUAAUGGACACCAAAUGUGAGACUCCACGCGUCAGGCUCACACUCACACGCUCGCUCACCUAAACUCAAAGCAGGCACUGGUAACUCUGCAUCCCUUAAUGAGGCAUGGACCAAUCCACUGCAGCUGCUGUCGUAUUACUGGUUUCUCUCUUGUUCCUGAGCUCACGGACAGCGCGUUCAGAGGAAGACAGAGACACGCUCUGGGACGCCUGGGGAACAUGGAGUGAAUGUUCUCGAACUUGUGGGGGAGGAGCUUCCUAUUCACUCAGACGCUGCCUCAGUUCAAAAACUUGUGAGGGACAGAAUAUCAAAUACCGCACAUGUGGCAAUGUGGACUGUCCACCAGAUUCUGAAGACUUUCGUGCUCAGCAGUGCUCGGCUCAUGCUGAUGUGCGCUAUCAGGGUCACUACCACGAGUGGCUUCCUGUGGAUAAUGACCCUGAAAAUCCCUGCGCCCUCAAGUGCCGAGCUAAAGCCACUGGACAGGUUGUAGAGCUGGCACCUAAAGUGCUGGAUGGGACACGAUGCUACACAGAGUCUCUCGACAUGUGCAUAAAUGGAGCCUGUCAGAUUGUUGGCUGUGACCAUGAAUUAGGGAGCACAGCUAAAGAGGACAAUUGUGGAGUGUGCAAAGGAGAUGGAUCCUCGUGUCGUCUUGUAAGGGGGCACUACAAAUCCCAACAUGCCACUGGAAAGACUGAAGACACUGUGAUCAUUGUUCCGUAUGGAAGUCGACAUGUUCGCUUGGUUCUAAAAGGCCCGGAUCACUUGUUUCUGGAAAGUAAGACUCUUCAAGGCCUGAAGGAUGAACUCUCUCUGGAUGAAACCAGGCAGUAUGUUUUGGAGAACACCACUGUGGACUUUCAACAGCUCUCGGAUAAGGAGGUCCUGAGAAUAACUGGACCACUCGGCGCUGACUUCACUGUCAAAGUAAAAUACACAAAUGGAGUAGACAGCGUGAUACAGUUUAUUUUCUACCAGCCCAUAGUCCAUCGCUGGAGAGAAACUGACUUCUUUCCUUGUUCGGUCACCUGUGGAGGGGGGUAUCAACUGACAUCAGCAGAAUGUUUUGACCUUCGGAGUAACCGCGUGGUGGUAGACCAGUACUGCCACUAUUACCCUGAGAAUGUUAAACCCAAACCCAAACUACAGGAGUGUAAUAUGGACCCAUGUCCUGCAAUUGAUGGUUACAAGCAGAUUAUGCCAUAUGACCUUUACCACCCUUUACCACGGUGGGAGAGCAGCCCCUGGACGGCCUGUUCCACUUCGUGUGGUGGGGGGGUUCAGAGCCGCUCAGUUUCCUGUGUGGAGGAAGACAUGCAAGGCAACAUCAACCCUACAGAAGAAUGGAAGUGUCUUUAUGCACCAAAGACACCAAUUCUACAGCCAUGCAACACCUAUGACUGUCCAACAUGGCUGGCACAAGAGUGGUCUCCGUGCACGGUAACAUGUGGACAGGGUCUGCGCUACAGAGUGGUCUUGUGUAUAGACCACAGAGGUCUGCAUGCUGGAGGCUGCAAUCCCACUACUAAACCACACAUCAAGGAAGAAUGCCUGGUUACAGUGCCCUGCUACAAGCCCAUUGAGAAACUUCCUGUUGAAGCAAAGCCCCCUUGGUUCAAGCAGGCCAUAGAGUUGGAAGAAGACACCGCUGUGUCUGAAGAACCAAUGUUCAUCAGAGGAGCAUGGGGUCCGUGUAGCAGAACAUGUGGUGCUGGUACUCAGAGGAGAAUGGUGAAGUGUCAGAUGCUGCUGUCCUUUUCACAGACCAUCGCAGACCUCCCAGAAGAUGAGUGUGAGGGACAGAAACCUCUUGAAACUCAGCCUUGUUACCGUACUCCAUGCCCUGGAGGACGAGCAGAGGUGGAGAGUGGGAUGGAAGUGACAUCCACUUCAGAGAGAGAGGAACUCCAUGACUGGGAGUAUGAGGGCUUCACUGAGUGCUCUGAGACCUGUGGUGGUGGAAUGCAGGAGGCUGUUAUAAUCUGUCUCAAUAAGCAAACCAGAGAGACUGCAGAUGAGAAGCUGUGUGUUAGUGCACGCCGGCCUCCUCAGCUGCUACAGAGCUGCAACACUGAGCCAUGUCCUCCCAGGUGGGAAAUGGAGUCUUGGAGCUUCUGUUCGGCCACGUGUGGUGUUGGUCUCCAGACACGUGCUGUAAAUUGUGUUUUGAGAGCAGGAUCACACAGCAACCACACGGAGAAAGUCAAAGACGAGAACUGUCGGCAGCCCAAGCCCAGCUCAGUCCAGGCCUGCAAUCGUUUUGACUGUCCACCCACUUGGGAUGUCCAGGAAUGGAGUCAGUGCUCUCGUAGCUGUGGAGGAGGCAGUCUGAAGAGAGAGGUCAUCUGUAAGCAGCGGAUGGCAGACGGAAGUGUACUAGAAUUACCUGAAACGUUCUGCCCCUCAAUGAGUUUACCCUCAAUUCAGCCCUGUGGCAAAGUGGACUGUGAUCCUCAGUGGGUCUCCACAAACUGGACUCAGUGUUCGGCUACUUGUGGAGAAGGAACCCAGAGGUUGCUAGUGGUGUGUAAGGCUCUGGGAGAAAAAGGACGAUACCGAACAAUGGUUCCUGAUGCUUGUGCCAUGGUUCCAAAACCGUUAACUGUCCGAUCAUGCCACCUUGGAGCUUGUGAGAAUAUUUUCAAGCCAGCCAUUUUAAAACGCAAGCCUACCAUUCUGGCUCAAAGAAAGGUCUACAUUCAGUGGAGAAAAGGCAAGAAGCUACACUUUGUGGUGGGCGGCUAUGCCUACUUACUGCCGAGGACAUCUGUGGUGCUUCGCUGCCCCACCCGUCAUUUCCCCAAAGGUUAUGUGCACUGGCUGAAAGAUGGUAAACCGCUUGAAAUCAUGGGCCAUGUAUCCAUUUCUCACAUGGGUAACAUCAAGAUCCUGCAGCUCCGUGCUUCUGAUGCUGGGAUGUACACUUGUAUCGCUGGCCAAGCUCAAGAGAACUUUGUCCUGAAGCUCAUCGGCAGCCAGCAGAAGUUGUCUGUUCCAGAAGCAGACUCGUGGAACACGGAUGGUAUAAAGAUCUCACCAAAACUUCACCACAUUUCGUCUGCAACUGAGGGCAAGGCCAAAGAGUUUUCGUUGAACCGUUAUGAUGCUAUCAUUCAACAUUUACUUGACUUGAAGGAAUUACCAUUUGAGGAUUCCAAGGAAUUCCUGGAUUCUUUUGAGAAGUAUAGUUCCAAUCUGGAAGAAGACACAGUUUUGGAUUCUUUAAGUCCACAGAUGCUCAUCGCAGAUAUGCCAAGGCUUGAUGAGGUCACUCGUAAUCUGUCUGGAGCUUUCCAGGAGAAAACUGAGUUGAUCACGCUGCUAGAGGAACUUACAAAGAGCCACGUGGAGAACAAUGAAUCAGCUCGGCAACCACAUGAAAGCCUAGCACACUCCAUGCAAGAUUCCACUUCCCAGAGAAGCAAACAGAGACAGGCUCCCCAUACCAGCAGGCAAUGGAGAGAACAGCUCAGAAGCCCAAUUAUCCUGCAGAAGUUCUCCAGAGACCACAUCAGGAACCCUCAUGAAAUUGUGGACUAUGUUGGAGGUCUUAUUUUAGUACCAAGACAGACUGUCCAAGUUGAAAUCAAAUGCCAAGCACGAGGUAACCCAGAACCAAUGAUCUUAUGGACUAAGGAUGGAAGGGAGCUAAGAAACAGCAGCAGAGUAGGCCUAAUGCCAGGUGGUUCCCUGCAUAUUCAAGCUCCAAGCGAGACAGACAGCGGACUCUACAUCUGCACUGCCUCUAACCGCCUUGGCUCCACGUCAUUGUCCUCUCAAGUGCAAAUUACAGCAAGCUGUGUGAGCAGUGCGAGUGAGGGGAACAGUUCUGUGUGUUCAAACAAGACCAAGCUGAACUACUUCUGCCAUGGACAACAGUGCCCCCACAGGUGGCAGGUGUCCACCUGGUCAACCUGCUCUGUGAGCUGUGGAGGAGGAAUGCAGAGUCGCAGUGUGACUUGUCAAGGAGAUACAGGGGGGUCAGAGGCUUGUGCUGGGAGGAAGCCAGCAGUAACCAGGCACUGUAACCUUCAACCUUGUGUUGGCUGGACAACCACUCCAUGGGGACCCUGCCAAGGUCAUUGUGUUGGACCACACCAAGCCCUUCAGUACAGACAUGUGUUCUGUCAAGACAAGAACAGCACUAGAGUGGCACAUCGAAUAUGCAGCAGUCAACCAAGGCCUGCAUCACAACGCAACUGCACGACUGAAGCGUGUGCUCUGCAUUGGCGAGUUGGGCCUUGGACCCAAUGUACCGCCACAUGUGGACGUCAUGGAUUCCAGUCCCGUCACGUCACUUGUGCCAACCGGCACAGUGGGAAGCUGACGCGUGAGUUCCACUGUGCUUGGAAACCUCGACCACCCAGCUGGCAACGAUGCAACAUCCUGUCCUGUGGGAGAGGUGAAUGUCAGGACAGCACAAGGUACUGUGAAAAGGUUCGACAACUAGAGCUUUGCCCACUGCCCCAGUUUAAAUCACGCUGCUGCCAGUCUUGCAAAGACACCUGAGACUAGAUAUGGAUGGAAGUACAGAGAAGGACAGAGAAAUGUUAAGAUACAAGGAGGAGAUGGCCCUAGCACCCACUACGCAGACCAACACAAGCCCUCAAGGACCAGGGAAUGCUGGGUUAUGGACACUGGGAUUGGUGGAUUCUAGAGACAACAGCUCCAAUAAGCAGCCCUGUAAAGAAGAUCAGUAAUAACUGAAAACAUAAAUAUUUUGUUAAUAAGACUGACCUUAUUUUGACUUCAGUGAAGGUUUCUAAAUUUUUAGAUUUUUUAAAAUGUUUUCUUUUUAUGGUCUGCAGAUAUGUGAGAAAUGUGACUUUUGUUAGCGUUCACUGGAUGUUUCGGACUCCCGCAAUGACACUGUCAAAUAUAGUAAAGACAGUAAACUGGACUUUUCACAUUUUAUAUACUUAAACCGCACCACUGGGAACAAAAUAACCGCCUAAUUGGGGAAGACUGUCAUUUUAAUAUCUACCAUGCUCUCACUUUUCACAGUUAUUUGGAAACCAAUUUAAAUUACUUUACCUCCAAACCAUGUCAGAUGAGAUCAGCCCCUUUUCCAGAUGGUCUUUAAGGCUGGGUAUAUGUAAUGAAGUGCUAAAUACAUAGCUUUAAUGUUGAGAAUGUGUCACCUUAGUUUAAUUUAAAGACUCUGUGACACAGAGCCAACAUCAAUAGGUAAAACGUUGCAUGGACACUUCAUGCAAACUAAAUAUACUGUAGGUACUUCAGCAUAUUUCUGGCAUUUGUAGUAUUUCCUUUAUGUAGCACUACAUCUAUGCAAAGUACUGGUUGGAACUCGAAUCCUACAAAAACACUUAAGAGGUUUUUAAGGUUCACAAAGUCCAUAUCUUAUGCUAUCUUUUGCACACUCUUAAAGUUAACUGUGGAACAAGACAACAUCAAUGUAACUGAGAGCAUAUUCAAUGAACCUAAUCCUCAUGAUUAGAUAGCUGAAAUUCAAAAUCAAAUGACAUUUUGCAGCUUAAACUGACAUAGCGUUCCUUUGAAGGCCAAUUCAAUAUUUGCGUAACAUACCAGGCCCAUUAUAGUUGUUAUAAAAUAAUAACAAUGAGCUCAUUUCAUUCUGUUAUGAUCCCAACAAUGUUUACAAACACAAUACUUGAGUUUCAAGUGAGGUUGUAUAUGUUUCAGUGUCUUGCAUUAUGAUAUGAUUUUUGUUAUACAUUAACAGACAGUUGUCCCAUGCCCCAGUGGUCCUUAGAUUUCAUUGGACAGAGACAUGGGAAUCCUGAAUGUUUUACACAUGUUAAAAAUGAGGCUUGAUUGUUCUUUUUUCUACCUUCUUAAAUGGUUGUUUUCUGUCCUUGGUAAUUUGCUGAUAAAGAUUUAACCACUGUCAGAUGUGCAUGUUUUUGUAAAUACUUUGUUGCUAACCGAAAUAUCUUCCUUUUCUAGAAAAAAUAAAAUAAAAGAAUUACAAGUAGUUGCAAAUAUAGGAGAAGAAAAUAGAUUCUAUUCUUCUUUACAGACACCGAUUCAUCUUACAAAACAAAACAAAAACAAAAAAGGAACAUAAUGGGAAAUGCUUGGGCAUGAUUAAGUGCUGACACUUACCCAACAUACCCUGUAAGUACUAAACAAAUCCUAUUAAAACAUAUGAUUUGUUUAUUUAAGCAAUUAUUCAAGUCUUGAAAAUAUGAUGGUCUUUUUUUUAACACAAGUAGUGAGCUGUCUUCGUUUAGUAUUUAUUAUUUUGUGUAAGUGCAAUUUCUCUGUAAAUGAAAACCAGUUUGGAUGUAGUUUUUAUGAAUAUUUUGUUUGUUUUUAUAUUAUAAAAAAAUCAAUGCAUGCAGAAGUGUCCCUAUCUAAACAUGUUCUGGUUGUCAUUUUAAUAAUUGGUCACCUUUUAACUAAUAAAUUGAAUUACG